AUGCGUCCAGUCGCAUUCGCCUCCAGAACUCUUUCCGAAACAGAACGUCGAUACUCAACAAUCGACAAAGAGGCAUUAGGGAUUGUUUAUUCAGUAACAAAGUUCCAUCAAUACCUUUAUGGACGAAAAUUUACUUUGCUAACAGAUCAUAAGCCUCUUGAACGUAUUUUUAGUCAAGAAAGAGAAACACCCAAAGUCGCAAGCAACCGAUUACUUAGAUGGGCCAUGAUCUUAAACAGUUACGAGUACAUCAUAAAUUACCACACGGCUAAGGAGAAUACUCCAGCAGAUGCACUUUCAAGAUUACCGCUGCCAAACUCUGAUUUAACUAUAGAAGAACGAACAGGGUUACCCCAAUUUGCCCAUCUCUUACAUCUUAGACUGAGUAAUAUACCCGUAACAAAACAAAAACUUAGAAAAGAGACACUUAACGAUAUAAACCUUAACAAAAUCAAAAACUUCAUAACAAAUUAUUGGCCGGAAAGAAAAGAACUACCGAUAGAAAUGCAUACUUACUUCGAGAAACGAGAACAAUUGUCAUUUGAAGAUGGAAUUAUCCUGUGGAACGGAAGACUAUGUAUACCAAAAAAAUUACAAUCAGCCAUACUAGAAAUGUUACAUGACGGACAUAAUGGGGUAAAUGCUAUGCAGUCACUGGCAAGAUUGCAUGUGUACUGGUCAAACAUAGACAAAGAUAUUCAAAAUUUUUCGAAACAUUGCAAAUUAUGCCAAUCUUCAAAAACCAACACUAACUCUGCACCGGUGUACCCUUGGGGAGUGCCGCCGGAACCAUGGCAUAGAUUACAUAUAGAUUUUGCGGGACCAUUUCUCGGGUACAUGUGGCUUAUAGCAAUAGAUGCUUAUACAAAAUGGCUGGAAGUUAUACCAAUGAAAUCAACAACAUCAGGAGCAACAAUAAGUCGUCUAGACAACAUAUUCGCCACAUUCGGUAUUCCGAAAUAUAUAGUUACAGAUAAUGGCCCUCAAUUCAUAUCAAGCGAAUUUAGAAGCUACUGUCAGAGUAUCGGCACAACACACAUAUAA